GCCAGCAACAAAAAAACGUUCUCGGAGCUACUCCUCUAUCUACACCAUAAAUAACCUCUCUAACUAUUAGUGGUAACUAUUUCCCGAGAGGGGAAGAAGAAAACAUGUGGGGAAUCUGCGUAGCUGGUGAUAUGUACCACAAGGACGGAGAGAUAAUCUCUCCCCAUCCGGCGUUCACCCGCCGUCGCGAGAUCUAAACUUCUCCAGGUGCUCCCUCGGCACUUCGAUAAGCUAUCAUUUGGCCGUCUGAGCACCGCGAUCUCCUCCCUUUUCUGGUAAGACGCAUUGCUGGUCGAGUAACGACGGACGUUCUUAUCGCGCGCACCCCCCCCCUUAAUAUCUGUCGCCAUCUAUUGGGGUUUGGGAAGUGUGUAGGGAGGAAAGGGCUUCAUGCAUGCGUAUAAAUUGGGGCUCAGAUCUUACAGCGUAGGUAUUCGAUCUUAAAAGUCAAUCACAAACAUGGAGAAAAAGGCACCCUCGAUCAAUGAUAGUUCCGUCCCGAGCGAGGUGGGCAUAAUCUCACCCUAUGGCCAGACCAAACGAGGGCUCUCCCCCCGACAUGUGCAGUUGAUGGCAAUUGGCGGGAGUAUCGGGACGGGUCUCUUUGUUGGAAUCGGUUCUUACCUGCAGUCUUCGGGUCCGUUGUCCCUUAUACUAGGGUACCUCUUCUACGGACUGUUGUUCAUUUGGCCGUGCAACCUGUGUGUAGGCGAGAUGUGUGCCUACCUGCCGAUUCGAGGGUCUAUCUUCGAGCUUGCGGCUCGAUACGUUGACCCGGCGUUUGGAUUUGCGAUGGGUUGGUUGUAUUUCUAUGGCGGACUGAUGCUGGUCUGUGUCGAGUACUCGGCCGUCGCAACCGUGAUGCAAUACUGGACGACGAGCGUGAAUCCCGCCGUCUGGGUCACCAUGGCAAUGGUCGUUUGCACCGCCAUCAAUCUGGUCGGGGUCAAAUGGUACGGGGAAAGCGAGUUCAUCAUGGCCUCGACCAAGGUGCUGCUCCUGAUCGGCCUCAUCCUCAUUACCUUCGUUACCAUGCUGGGCGGCAACCCCAACCAUGACCGAUACGGCUUCCGCCACUGGAAACGUGGCGUGAUGUAUGAAUUCUAUACCGACGGCGAUCUGGGUCGGUUCUUGGGUUGGCUGAACGUGGUGAUCUAUGCCGGGUUUUCCGUGGCCGGGCCCGAUCUCCCUGCGCUGGCGGCCGGGGAGAUCCAGAAUCCCAGAUUCACCAUCCCGCGCGUGGUCAAGAUGAUCUUCUACCGGAUCAUCGCCUUCUACGUGAUCGGAUCCCUCGCCGUCGGAAUCAUCUGUGACCCCCAGGACCCCCGUCUGCUGGAAGCCCUCAACAACGGAUCCGAGGGCUCGGCGGCCUCCCCCUGGGUCAUUGGCAUCCAGAACCUCGGCAUCCAGGGCCUGCCAGACCUGAUCAACGUGCUCAUUCUCCUCUCGGGCUGGUCCUGCGGGAACGCGUACUUGUACAGCUCCAGCCGCACGCUUUACUCCCUGGCAAGGGACGGCCAAGCGCCGCGGGUUCUCCUGAAAUGCACGGCGUCCGGCGUCCCGAUCUACUGCGUGCUCGCCGUGUCACUGGUCUCCUGCGUCACCUUCCUGGUGGCCUCCACGUCCUCCGUCACGGUCUUCUACUGGUUCGUCGAUCUCACCACCUGCGCCUUUAUCCUGACGUACACCAACAUGCUCAUCGUCUUCGUGGGCUGGCACCGCGCGCUCAAGGCCCAGGGCAUCGACCGCCAGACCUUCCUCCCGUGGGCAGCGCCCCUGAUGCCGUACGCGGCCUACGUCGCUCUGGUGAUCGGCUCGCUCGUGGUCCUGUUCAAUGGCUUCACGGUCUUCUCGCCCUGGAGCACGCAGGGCUUCGUCACCUCGUAUUUCGGCAUCGCCCUCUGGGUGGUCCUGUUUGUCUUCUGGAAGGGAUUCCGGAAAACGUCCUUUGCCGAUCCGGCUACGGCCGACAUCCACUCGGGCAAAGCCGAGGUCGAUGCCGAGUGUCAGGUCUGGGAAGCCGGCGGGGUUGCGGAACGACGACGGGAGGAAUUGGCCCGGAUGCACUGGGCCCCGGCGGUGAUCCUACCAGGUCUUUUCUCAUCGAACUGA